AGACGCCAACACCAUGUCCUGCACACAGUGAGUAUUUCUCCCCAUUUUGAGGGAGGUAGCGCCCCGAGUGCCUGUGUGUGGCGUCACGUGAUGGGAUGCAGUGGCGGCAGGCCAGGGCGUGGUGGUGGCAGGCCGCGGGGACUCGGGAAUUGUGGUAUUUAACGGCACCGGUGGCAGGCGUGGGCUUCAGGCCGCCUCGUGUAAACACUUCACUGCCACCAAGACAUGGGGCCACUUCCUCCUCCAGUCACAUGGGCACAGAGGAAAAAUAUAGUUUUCCUCACUAUUUGCCUGGAAGACUGCAGAAGUCCCAUCAUUAAAUUUGAAGACGACAAAAUAUAUUUCAAGGGUAGUGGAGGAACAGAAAAGAAAGAUUACGAAUAUACGUAUGAUCUCUAUAAGGAAAUUGAUACAGAAAAAAGUCGCAGCUUUCCUCGUGAUCGUAACAUAGAACUCAUUUUGGUAAAGAAGGAGGAGGGACCUUACUGGCCACACCUCCUCAAACAGAAGGUGAAACAGCACUGGCUAAAAGUAGAUUUUAGCAGAUGGAAAGAUGAAGAUGACAGUGAUGAUGAAGGAGAAGGUCAAAAUCAAGAUCUUGAAGAGAUGAUGCGUCAAAUGGGAGGCCUUGGUGGAGGAGACAGCCGACCCAGUUUGGAUGACUUAGAAGAUGAAGACUCUGACGACGAUGAUCUUCCAGAUUUGGAGUAGUCACUCAUCUGCCUUGUGAGGCCUUCACAAACAAGUCGUUGGUGGGGGCAAGACAGCAACAUGUCACAACCAACUGUGCUGCAGCUUCUUGUAAAGUGCACAGGUUCCAUUCUCAUGAAGACUGAUGACAUCAGUGGUAACCUGAGUGGAAUUAUGUGCCCCAGAACUUGGGAUCCUUACAUUUAGUGAUCAGUGCAGCUGGACUUGUCUUUACCAUUUGUGCAAGAACUUUAUAUUAUUAAAGUCCCUCUUCUGUUUGCAGAUUUUGAAGUUAAAAAUAACUAAGCUUGCGAUGCAAAACUUUGUAGCAUUUAAUAGAGCAAAUUAAGUAAAAGAAGCGCAUUGCUGUCAAAGAUUUUAGCAAAAAUUUGUAACUUUGUUAUUUGACUGUAGUCUUAAACUACUAUUAUUGAAAAUAAAUGGAUCAUGAUUUUUCUUUUUAAGUAAACAAUGACAACUGUUUUUAGUUAAUUUCUGUGAGAAAGGAGGAGCAAAGUGAUGCAAAAGUUUACACUUACAUCAUAGUGUUUGACACCAAAGUAUAAAACUUCUAGUUUUAUGUUAUUUUUAAGAGAUGGCUGCAGCAAACUGAGACUGGAUAUUUGCCUGUUGAUUAUAUUGUUUUGUUUUUGGUGCAUAAAUGAAUAAUGAAUUACAUGGCAGUUAAUUUCUUACAUUUUUAUAGGGUAUGAAAGACAACCUUUCCAUGUGUGUUUUUUAAAGGAAUGAACUGCAGGUAAACUGUUUAGAGUCCUGGUUAGUUGUGUGUUAUCAAGUCCCAUGUAUAUCUUUAUGUUAUCAAGGAGAGCAGGGGAUUGACAGAUACAAAGCUUCUCAAAAUUUGACACAUAGUAAGCUUUCCAAAUUUGAACAAAAUUUCAACUACAGUAAUUAACUGAUUACAGCAUGAAACAAAAUUUAGAGCAUUAAGAAUUGAUAUGCCAUCUAGAUCACAUGUUACUGUCAACAAAGCCCCACAUGCCAAAACAUCAUCUUUAAAUACACAGACCACUUAGUAA